UGGGAGGCCCGGAGCGCGCUGUGCCCCGGCCGGCGGAGUCAGGAUCCGACCUUGCCGCGCGUCCCGUCGCCCGCCCAGCCGGCAGAAGCGCCCCGGCAGGUGGCACCAUGGCCUUCUCCCAGGUGCAGUGUCUGGACGACAGCCACGUCAACUGGCGCUCCAGCGAGUCCAAGCCCGAGUUCUUCUACAGCGAGGAGCAGCGGCUGGCGCUGGAGGCCCUGGUGGCGCGCGGCCCCGAGGCCUUCUACGAGGUGCUGAAGCGGGAGAACAUCCGAGACUUCCUCUCGGAGCUGGAGCUCAAGCGCAUCCUGGAGACCAUCGAGGUGUACGACCCGGGCUCUGAGGACCCUCGGGACACGGGCCGCCCCCGGGAGCCCGAGGACGACGGCGUCGGGGACGCCGAGGAGGCCAGCGGGGCAGGUGGGGUCCCCACCGAGGCUGAGCCACUGCCCUCGCUGGAGUACUGGCCCCAGAAGUCGGACCGCUCCAUCCCGCAGCUGGACCUGGGCUGGCCGGACACCGUCGCCUACCGUGGCGUGACCCGGGCCAGCGUCUACAUGCAGCCCCCCAUCGACGGGCAGGCCCACAUCAAAGAGGUGGUCCGCAAGAUGAUCACCCAGGCGCAGAAGGUGAUAGCUGUGGUCAUGGACAUGUUCACCGACGUGGACAUCUUCAAGGACCUGCUGGAGGCCGGCUUCAAGAGGAAGGUGGCCGUGUACAUCAUCGUGGACGAGAGUAACGUCAAGUACUUCCUGCACAUGUGCGAGCGGGCCCGCAUGCACCUGGGGCACCUCAAGAAUCUCAGGGUGCGGAGCAGCGGGGGAACAGAGUUCUUCACGAGGUCGGCCACUAAGUUCAAGGGCGCCCUGGCCCAGAAGUUCAUGUUUGUGGAUGGAGACCGGGCCAUCUGUGGCUCCUACAGCUUCACGUGGUCGGCUGCAAGGACAGACCGGAAUGUGAUCUCCGUGCUGUCCGGCCAGGUGGUGGAGAUGUUCGACCGGCAGUUCCAGGAGCUGUACCUCAUGUCGCACAGCGUCAGCCUCAAGGGCAUCCCCAUGGAGAAGGAGCCUGAGCCAGAGCCCGUCAUGCUGCCCUCCGUGGUCCCACUGGCGCCCUCGGGCACCGUGGCCAAGAAGCUCGUCAACCCCAAGUACGCACUGGUCAAGGCUAAGAGCGCCGACGAGAUUGCCAAGACCUCCUCUGAGCAGCAGGAGGUCAAGAGGCCUCGGGGGCUGCUGGGUGCGGCGCUGGCCGAGCGGCCGGGAGACUUGCCCGAGCCGCCCCCGCCCGUCCACCCGGGGCUGCUCAACCUGGAGCGGGCCAACAUGUUCGAGUACCUGCCCACGUGGGUGGAGCCGGACCCGGAGCCCGGCAGUGACAUCCUGGGCUACAUCAACAUCAUCGACCCCAAAAUCUGGAACCCCCAGCCCAGCCAGAUGAACCGCAUCAAGAUCCGAGACACGUCCCAGGCCGGCGCCCAGCUGUGGAGGCAGAGCCAGGGCUGCAGCCCCACCCCAGGGCCCCAGGCCCCUCAGGAUGGGGUCCCAGCUGAGAACGGCGUGCCCCGGGGAGACCCUGAACCACAGCCCCCCGUGCCCAAGCCCCGGACAGUCCCUGUGGCAGACCUGCUUGCCCAGGACGGUGGUGGUAUUGGCUGGGGCCUGGAGACCCCAGAAGAGGAGGUGCCCCAGAACGGGACAGACCACAGGCUGCCCAGGAUGGCUGGCCCAGGCCUUGCCCCGCCCCAGCGGCAGCUGUCCACGACUCAGGAUGACCCCGACGGCGGGGGACCAGCCAUCCCCAACGGGCUGGAUGGUGAGGAGGAGGAAAAUGACGACGACUAUGUGACCCUCAGUGACCAGGACAGCCUCUUGGGCAGCUCUGGCCUUGGCCCUGGUCCCCGGCGGCCUUCAGUGGCCUCUUCCAUGUCAGACGAGUAUUUCGAGGUGAGGGAGCACUCAGCUCCUCUCCGGAGGCGCCAUUCAGAGCAGGUGGCCAACGGGCCGGCCCAGCACCCCCACCGACAGCUCAGUGCCCCCCACAUGACCCACGGGACCUUUGGUGGACCCCUGGGUGGCUCGCCGUGGGCCCAGGGUCAGGAGCGAGAGGAGGCGGGCACUCCAAGGAGGAUGCAGGCCCCGCGCUCCACGGACAAGGAAGCACAGGGCCAAAAGUUCCACUAUUAUGGAGUCCCUGCCUCGGGGACCAAGGAUAAAGAUGGCUUCCCACGGCCGUUGAGGACCCCGGGACCCCCACGGUACCGGCCUGCUGCCGACGGCGCCCAGAGCUCUACCAGGAAAGCAGGCCCAGCCGUGGCAGGCCCCCAUCACUGGCAGGCCAAGGGUGGCCCUGGGCCACGCACACUGCCAGAUCCUGGGAGCCCAAGGUUGGCCCGAAAUGCCAGCCCCCUGGCCGAUGGCAGGGCCACUGAGGAGCAGCCAAGUCCUUUUGGAAUCCCGUACUCCAAACUGUCCCAGUCAAAACACCUGAAGGCCAGGACAGGCGGUGGCCAGUGGGCCUCCUCCGAUUCUAAACGGAGGGCCCAGGCCCCCCGGGACCGCAAGGACCCCUAGCACCAUCUCCCCGGGCCUGGAGCCGGCCGUCCACGGCCUCUGCCCCAGCCCAGACUCACCGUGCAGGUGUUCACGGGGCCGUGCCAGGGACUGGCAGGUGGGCCGCCUGACCCUCCAGCACCUACCCUGGGAGGCGGGGAGGCAGGGCAGGCAACCACGUUGACACUCACCU